UCUUCCCAAAAUCACUCGAAUGCCAUCUGCUGUCUUCUCCCUCCAUAAGUCUGUCCUUAUUUAUGGGAAACGUCAGGGAGUGGCGAAAUCCGAAGAAGCUCGCUACCAGAAAUGGCGGAAGAAUCUGAUACACGCAGGCCACGCCGUCGACUGCACACCGGGUCCGAGCUGAUCUCCGCGCUCCCCGACCACGUCGCACAGCUCAUCCUCCACCGGCUGCCGCCGUCCCUUCUGUUCUCCGUCUGCCGCUCGUGGCGUCGCCUCCUCUACUCUCCCUCCUUUCCUUCGCCCUCCUUCUCCUGCCUCUACGCUCUCCUCUUCCCCGCCUCCGCCCUGGGCGGGGGCUGUGCCGACGGAGACGGCGAGACCGUCCUCCACCUGUCGGCUUUCGACCCGCUGUCGUCGAGAUGGGGCCACCUCCCCUCCCCGCCGGUCCGUCUGCUCCUUAGCCACCCCUCCAUCCUCUGCCACCGACUCCCCGUCCAGUCCCUCUCCUCCCGCCAGAGACUCCUGCUUAUCUCUGCCACCACCGACCGCCUCCACCUCCGCCCGGCUCUGGACCGCCCCCUCGUCUUCCUCCCGGAGUCCCGCGCGUGGACGCCGGGGCCGCCCUUCACCUCACCACGCCGGUGGUGCGCCUGCGGCUCCGCUGGCGGUUCCGUCUACCUUGCCAGCGGCGUCUCGGCCGAGUUUUCCCAACACGUAGCUCGGUCGCUGGAGAAGUGGGACGUGGACUCACCGGACCGGAAGCCGCGAUGGGAGCGGCGGGCUCCGCUCCCCAAUUCGAAGUUCUGCCGUGACACGAUCGAGGCCGUCGGAUGGAGGGCCAAGCUGUGGAUCGUUAAUAUCAAGGGCGGGCGCCACCGGGAGGGCCUGGUCUACGACGCCGGUUCGGACCGCUGGGAGGCCAUGCCCAUGGGCAUGCUCGCCGGCUGGACCGGCCCUGUCGCCUCCGACGAUACCGAUGACUCCGGAUCCGGGCCGAUAUAUUGCGCCGACGAGCAUCAGGGGACCCUCAAGGUCUACGACGAAACCGCCGAUACAUGGAGGGUCGUAGUCGAGUCGGAGCACCUUCGCGGCGCCACCCAAAUGGCGGCCAAGUCCGGCAAGGUCUGCGUCGUGAGCAGGGGUGGUGGAUCCAUCAGCGUGGUGGAUACGGUAUCCCGGCCGGUUCGGGUCUGUGUGGUGGACCCACCGGCUGGGUUCGGUGUGGUCGCGGUUCACAUACUGCCCAGGCCGGCCUAGCUAGACCCCGGGCAGGCUCGCAGCCACAAAAAAGGAAAAGGAAAAAGUUUUUCUUUCCCCUUUUGUUCUUUUUCCCUCUUGUCUUGUUUUUGUAAAGUUUAUCUCGAACAAAGAGGAUAUACGAUUCCUUGUUGCGAUCCUAAUUGUAUCCAAACGGGACCGUCAUAUUUCGCCACUAAUUGUACAAAAAAAAAAUCUCUGACCUUUCCCAUUUUUGAGUUCCCCAAGCCUUGACCCAUCUCGUGGUUCACUAGCCUACACAAGUGUAUUUUCGUUUUCAUUUUUUAUGGUUCAUAGUGAGUGUUAAUCUUGCUCCCUGAACAACUUAUCCACGACUUUACUUUGAAAAGAAAGAGGCCUGGCUGUACUUCUCUUUCACGGGAAUUGAAUUGUUUGUGAAUGACUUUUCCAGUGUUUGAAUUGGGGAGAAUGUCCUGUCCACGAUACGACACCCCUAGUCUA